AUGUCAUGGUUUAAUGAAACAUUUGGUGACAGUUUGACAUCACUCAAAGGACAAAUCAGCAAAAUUACUAAAGAAGUACUUGCUGAUGAUGAAAAUGCCACAGAUAAAAAUGAAAGAGAAAAUGUAUCAGUCAAAGAAUUGCAAGCGUUAUGCGAUUCUAAGGACAUUGAAAUUGCAUCACUUAGAGAUGAGUAUGAGAAACUUCAAAAACAGUAUUUAUCUCGAAUAGAAAAUUUAAAUAAUUGUAAUAAUAGUAAUAGUAAUGAGAAUGAGGGAAAUGAAUUAAAUAAAUUGAAAUUUGAAUUUUCACAAUUAAAAAAUGAAAGAGAUCAUUUGUCUUCUUGCUUAGAUGAAUUGCAAUCGGAGCAUCAGUUAAAUUUGAACGAAGCUGUAGCGAUUAAAGAUAGGUAUAAGAAACAAUUGGAAGAUCUUAAAAAAGAACAUGAAAUUGCAAUAUCAAAAUUAUCAGAAUUGAGCAAAAAUGAAACAAAUGAUUUACCAGGUAAAAAUCGAUUGAUUAGUAACGAUGAUGAAAAUAAAGAUGUUAACAUGUUAAAAAAUGAAAUUGAAAACCUUCAGUUACAAUUGUCAAUCUGUGAUAAAGAAAAAAAUGAUUUGUUUCAAGAAUUGGAAAAAGAAAAUGAAAAUAAUAAACAUCUAACUGGUAAAAUAGAAAAUCAACUACUAGAUAUCAAGGUUAUUGAAGAGGAAAAAACCGAAAUGGAAAACCAUUUAAAGGAUAUCGAAUUAAAACAUGAAAAUUUACUCGAACAUACGGAAACGUUGAAAAAAGACAAAGAGGACUUAGAAAGUAAGUUAAAAAAUGCAUUUGAAGAAAAAGAAAAAUUAUUAUCUGAAUUAAAUAAAACAGUAACUCAUUCUUCUCAUUCUGAUAGCAUGAAUAAUAUUGAUAAUAAUUUAAAAAAUAUAUUAAAAAAAUUUAAUGUAAAUAUCGAUGAAUUUAGCGAUAAAAAUUGUAACGAUUUGUUAGAAAUAAUUGAAAAUAAAUUAAUAACGAGUGAAAAAAAUUUAGAAGAAUGUGAAAUAAGAUUAAAAGAAAAUAAAAAUCAUUUGGAAUUGGAAAUAGUUAAAUUAAAAGAACUGAAUGCCAAAUUACAAAUAGAAUUAAAUAAAAAUGGUGAGAUUUGGUUGGAAAAAGAAAAAAAAUAUCAAGGUGACAUUGUAAGUAUUGGACAAAAAUUAGAAGAAGCCAAUUUGCUCAAAUCAAAAUUAUUAGAAAUGGAAAAAGAAAAUGAAUUGAAAAAUAAUCAAAGUCAAACUGAUGAUGUUAAAAAAUUAGAGCAAGAAAUAACAAAAUUAUUAUUUGUGUGCGAACAAAAAACAGAAGAAUGUAAAAAUUUAGAAAAAUGUAAAAAAGAUUUAGAAAAAGAAAUGUCUAAUUUAAAAUCGAAUAAUGAAAAUCAACAGAUUUUUGUCAAAAAUGAAAUCGAUAAGUUAAACGAAGAAAUAAAAGAAUUGAAAAAUGUCGAAUCCACACUGAUGGAAGAAAAAAAUGAUUUGGAAAAAAAAUACGAUGGAGAAAAAUCCGAAAAUAUAAUUUUGAAAGAGAGUAAUAAGGAUUUGAAAAUGAAUUUGGAAAAAUUACAAGAAAAAUUAAACGGUUUAAACAUUGAGAGUGACGACCGUGUGAAAAAAUUACAAAACGAAUUAGAAACGGUUAAUGUAAAAUUAAAAGAAUGGGAAAAAACAAUGGAAGAAUUGAAAAAAGGAAAUGAUAAAUUGAUGAAAGAAUCGGAUAAUUUAAAAGCUCAAAUAAUAAUAAAAGAAACGAAUUAUGGCGAAUUAUCAAAAACUAAUGUUGGACUACAACAAGACGUGAAAAAAUUACAAAUGGAAAAUGAAGAAUUGGAAAAAUGCAGGAGGGAAAUUGAAAAAUGGAAAACCACGUCCGUGGAUUUAGAAAUACAAAGGCAAGAUUUAUCGGGUAAAAUAGAAAUUUUAGAAAACGAAUUAUUAAAAUUACGUAGCGAUUUAGAAUUGUUGAACGCGAAAGAUUUGGAAAUAUCACAACUCAAAGAAGCCAACAAUAAUUUGAUUGAAUCCUGCAACAGGUUGCACAGAGAAUUGGAAUCGAAAAUGGAAGUUGAAAAUUUAUACGUGGCGGAAAAUCGGGAAUUGAAAGAAAAACAUCAGAAAAAUGUUUUAUUGAUAUCGGAAUUGAACGAUGAUAAAAUCGAACUCAAUUCGAGAAUACAAAAAUUUCAAGAGCAAAUGAAAAAUCAUAUUGUACAAAAGGAGGAGGAAAUGAUGGGGAGUGUCGGGAGAGGAAGUGACGUUCAACAUCACAGGAGAUCGAAAUCGGCAACGGAUUCUGAUUCGAUACUCAAUGACAACAGUAACAAGUCACAAAAUCACGAUUCGGAGUCGUUAAAUAAAGAAAUAAAAGAAUUGAAAGAUUCGCUUUUGAUGGAACAGAACAAGAAUAGAAAACUCACGGAAGAAGUUCAAGUCACGUUGGAAAAGGAGAGCAAUGCGAGAAAAGAAUUCGAAAGGCUACGACAGCAUUUGAUAGAAGUCGAAGAUCAUUACACGGAGGAAGCCGUGGAAAGUGAAAAAAUCAUAAACGAUUUGAAAUCGAAAUUGAUGGCGGCGGAAGAACAAUUGAAAAAUUCUUCCACACUGUACACAUCCGCCAAAAUAAGAGAUAAUCAACACGUGGAAUCGUUACAAAAUCAAGUCAGAUUGGUUUCCGUUCAGAGAGACGAAUUUCAAACCAAAUUAUCCGCUGCCGAAGACGAAAUACAAAAGCACAAAGCAUCUCUGACGAGUCUGCAAAUCGUGUUGGAACAAUUUCAACAGGACAAAGAUAGGGAAGUCGAAACGACGGCGAUGAAAUACGAAAAACAAAUCGAAGGGAAAGAAAACAAUUACCGGAAGUUGGAGUCGGAAAUGGAAAAUUUACAAAAACAAUUGGAGGAAGCGAAAAACGGUUUGAAAGCCGCGUCGAGACUGGGAGAACAGUUGGAAAGGAAAAAUCGUCAGGUGACGGAAUUGGAAGAAAAUCUCAAAAGGGUCGAGGGAAACGUUUGCGAAUUGGAAAAGAAAUUGGAGGGUGCCAAUCAGUGCGUGAGUGGUAAAGUCGAUAAAUCCUUAGUUAAAAAUUUAAUUGUCGGUUACAUAUUGUCACCGAAAGGGGAUAGAAAGUCGCAGGCUCUUAGAAUAUUGGCAUCCGUUUUGGAUUUCGAUUCGUCGGAAAGGGAAAAAAUGGGAGUCGACGCAACGAAUUCCGGUUGGUUGGGAAAUAUAUUGCAUCCGAAAGGCGGUGGAAAUUCUCACGUCAACGAACAAUCCCUUUCGGAGGCUUUCAUUAAGUUUUUGGAAAACGAAUCACGACCGCAACCCCAAUUUAAACUACUUUCCGAUCAGUUUAAAGUCAAGGGGGGAGGAACGACAGGUUCGGGUUCGAGUCCUCCCAAACUGCAAAGGGAUGGUUUUUCAGAAUUGAUUCUUCCGACUUUUAGUUCGUCACAGGAUAACGAAAGCAGCGUGAUUUUAAAAAACGUUUUAAAAGAAACAUGA